CCGGGGUGUGAGGCAUGGGUCUGCCCGCUAAGGGGAGUGGUGCCCGGGAGAGCGCGCGAGGGAGGGUGCGUUCCCGCAGCAACCGGGAAGAUGGCAGCUCUCACAUCUCUUUCCCAGCUGUCGAGUGGGAACCCCGUAUAUGAGAGCUAUUACAGACAGGUGGACCCGGGGAACACCGGCAGGGUGGGCCCGACGGAAGCCGCCUUGUUCCUAAAGAAGUCCGGACUCCCUGACGUCACGUUGGGCAAGAUUUGGGAUUUGGCCGAUCCUGAUGGCAAAGGCUAUCUGGACAAACAGGGCUUUCACGUAGCUCUGCGGCUGGUGGCUUGUGCCCAGAGCGGUCAGGAAGUCAGUCUGUCCAGCCUCAACCUCACAAUCCCUCCUCCCAAGUUUAAGGACAGCAGCAGUCCAUCUCUAAGCAGCACAGCAUCCGCCUCCGGCGAUUUACACUGGGCUGUUAGGCACGAGGAGAAGAGUAAAUUUGAUGGGAUCUUUGAGAGUUUGGCUCCAGUCAAUGGCCUGCUGUCGGGGGAGAAGGUGAAACCAGUGCUCAUCAACUCCAAGCUACCCCUGGAUAUCCUCGGGAAGGUUUGGGACCUGAGUGACAUUGAUAAAGAUGGCCACCUGGACAGGGACGAGUUCGCAGUGGCCAUGCACCUGGUGUACCGGGCCCUGGAGAAGGAGCCCGUCCCCGCGCUCCUGCCCUCUGCCCUCAUCCCUCUAUCUAAGAGGAAGAAGAGUCUGGGCUCGGUGGCCGGCUCAAUGCCUGGGCUCCCUGCAAGCCCCCCACCCCCGAAAGACUCGCUACGCUCCACACCCUCCCACGGCAGCAUGAACUCCCUCAACAGCACCGGCAGCCUGUCGCCCAAACACUCCCUCAAGUCUGGACAGCAUUCGUUGAACUGGGUGGUCCCAGUGUCGGACCGCGGGCGCUAUGACGAUAUCUUCCUGAAGACCGACGCUGAUCUGGACGGUUUUGUCAGCGGGAAUGAAGUGAAGGAUAUCUUCAUGCAUUCUGGACUGUCUCAGAAUGCCCUGGCCCACAUAUGGGCUCUGGCAGACACCAGGCAGAUCGGCAAGCUGACCCGGGAGCAGUUUGCCCUCGCCAUGUAUCUCAUCCAGCAGAAAGUCAGCAAAGGCGUCGACCCCCCACAGGCCCUGACCGCCGACAUGAUCCCCCCCUCAGAGAGAGGCACUCCUGUACCUACUCUGUCAGGAUACAUGACCCCAGUGGGAUCUGAGAUGGCGGCUCUGUCUGAGAUGAGAAGGGACAGCUCGAGUUCGGUCGGGUCAGGGGAGUUCACUGGCAUCAAAGAGCUGGAUGACAUCAGCCAGGAGAUCGCGCAGCUGCAGAGCACUCUUGCCUUUACCCAGUGGAAUACUCUCAGGGAGAAGUACACUCUGGAGCAAGACAUCAGGGAUACAGAGGAGGCCAUCAGACACAAGAGUGCCGAGGUGCAGGAGAUGCAGAAUGACCUAGACAGAGAGACGGCCAGCCUGCAGGAGCUGGAGGCUCAGAAACAAGAUGCCCAGGACCGCCUGGAGGAGAUGGACCAGCAGAAGCACAAGCUGGAGGACAUGCUGAACGAAGUGCAGAUAAAGUGCCAGGAGGAGUCUCAGAUGAUAUCGACCCUCCAGAGUCAGAUACAUUGUCAGGAGACGGACCUGCAGAGCCAGGAGGAGGAGCUGAGCCGGGCCAAGGCCGACCUGGGCCGGCUGCAACAGGAGGAGAACCAGCUAGAGCAGAGCCUGACCGCGGGCAAGAUCCAACUGGAGACCAUCAUCAAGUCCCUAAAGGCAACGCAGGACGAGAUCAACCAGGCUCGUAGCAAAUUGUCCCAGAUUCAGGACAGCCAACAGGAAGUGUCCAAAAGCAUCGAGCAGUACAACAGCACUUUGAACGGAACCCACGGAGGCAGCAUGACCAACCUGGCCGACAUGAGCGAGGGCUUCAGCAGCAGAGAGAACGGGGGGUUCCCCGCCAUGGUGAGAGUGGCACAGGAGGAUCCAUUCAAAGUGAAGCCGCCCGUGUUCAACAGCCAGCCUCAGGAGCUCCACACUGACCCCUUCCACUCUGAGGACCCUUUCAAAACAGACCCCUUCAAAGCGGACCCUUUCCAACAUGACCCUUUUGCAAAGCAGCCACCAACUUCCACAGAUCCUUUUGGAGGAGACCCGUUCAAAGAGACUGAUCCCUUUAAGGCCACAUCAGAAGACUUCUUCAAGAAGACUUCUUCAAAGAUGGAUCCCUUCUCCUCACCAGACCCCUUCAGUAAAAGUGCCACAUUGCCUUCCAAGCAGCAAACCAGUCACUUCACAAGCAAUGAACCAUUCCCUUCAAGCAACCCAAAACCCAAAGGACCAGACCUGUUCGGUACCUUGGAUCCUUUCGGCAGCAGCUCGUUCAACAGCAGCAGCAGCAGCAGCAGCAACAACUCUGCUGGAUUUGCAGACUUCAGCCUCAUGUCAAAACCCCGAGACCCUUUUGAAGGCAGGGCCGGCUGGCUGCCUGACUACCAGAAGGCGGCGUUUGUGGACGACCCGUUCGGCAGAAAGAACGACAUGCCAGCUCUGCCACCAAAGAAAAGUGUCCCCCCGAGGCCCAAACCCCCCACUGGUAAAAGCACACCCGUGAGCACAGCGGACCCCUCCAAACCGUGCGACCCCUUCCAGCCGUUUGGCGGGGACGCCGUCGACCCCUUUCAGAGUAAAAAGGGCCCGGGAGACCCGUUCAGCGGCAAAGACCCCUUCGCCCCGUCCUCGGCAUCAAGUAAAGACCCUAAGGAGCCUGCCUCGGGUUUUGUAGACUUCAGUUCUGACCGGACAAAGUCAAGCUUGGGAACGAGGCUCAGCAGCUGGAGUGGGCAAAACGAGAGAGCGAGCGAGCCGAGCGCGAGCGGCUGAAGAGGCUCAGGCAGCAGGAGCAGGACGACCUGGAGCUGGCCAUUGCCCUCAGCAAGGCCGAGAUGUCCAACGCAUGACCUGGAACCCCGACCCUCCCCCUCCUCCCCCCAUCCUGACAACUAAACACGCAGACACAAAGCAACUCACUGCACACAAACUCUGAUCCACACACGUACACUGGACCUGCACCUUCACUACUUUAGAUUCCCCCACUCGCCGUGACUCAAAGAAUGGAGCAGAAAGAACUUCCUGGUGAGUCUGCAUGUAGGAACGGAGGAAGAGACGAGAGGGGCUUGAAGGAAACAAGCCGUUGCCCUGCGACUGGACAGUGACGAGACGGAUCCCGAGUGUACUACUGCUGACAGACGAUUUGAACGUGUUUUUUUAUCCUAGCUUCUCACAAAGUGGGGAUAUGGCUAAUAUCAGUAGCAACUAUCAGCUGUGUAGAAAGUACCACUACAAGUCAGACUGCCAGGGGAUUUUAUUUCUAUUAUCAGUACGACGCGGUUUUACCGAGCUUCUGAUGGCUUGAGCUGUGUCUGCGUUUAGGGUUGUGUUGCUGCCAUGGAAACGCUAUGGAAUUGCAGUGAUACAUGAAUAUUUUUUUCUAGAGAUAGGACUGGAUUUGACGCUCUUCAAUCCCUCUUUUCUCUUUUUUUUUUUUUUUUCUCAGGAAAUUCUGUCACUAAGCCAGACUGAGUUGAGACGAGAAAAGCUCCAUGUUAUUAGAGUGUUUUUUUCUACUUCAGGUCCCCCUCUGCGUUGUGCUAACACAGGCUACGCUCUGUACUGGAGGAGCUUAAAUGAUGAUUGAUUUUGAUCUCCUCUGAUGCUACUCAACAUUGAAGCAGGUUUCUCCAAAUAUCAGUUUUCCUUUGAUACCACGCUGGUGUCUACUAUUACUAGAUCAUAGACGUUUACCUCAAGUCCAGACAAGGUUGGAUUAUCCACCCAUCCCAGGUUCACUAUGUGGGACACUUGGAAUGUGGUAAUUUAUUCAAUUGCCCGUUUGUUAAUGAAUAUGCAACGCUCCACCAAUACUGACGGAUGUGAUGAGGGCCUCCCGGCACUACGCUCCAUACAUUGGAGCUGGCUUUUGGCCCUGAAGACCCCCGGUGGUAGUAGUCCAGUGUAUGUUGCUUCUUAUCAUCCAGGAGAGGCACUCCCUUAUCUGACUCCGUGGCUCCUCCUUUGUGAAAAAGGGAAAACUUUUAACCAACAAUCUUGUCAUAAUAUUGGAGGAAAGGAAGAGAAACUACUUUUCGACUGUGUGUACACAUGUUGUUAUAUAUGGAUAUAUCUAAACCGGGUGAACAUCCAUUACACGGUUUCCCUCUCCACACAAAUGAAAAUAACUGCUUCAAAUGACGACAUAUUCUUUUGAGUAACAAACAGAUUGUACAGAUCUAUUUUCUUUGCUCAGUGUUGGACUGUACUGCGAGGACGCUGCAGGGUCCCCACCCUUCCACCCUCCCUCCCCUUUAUCCAGUGUAUUAAUUAUAUGGACAAAGCUAACUAUGCUGGACUCUCAAUCCUGAUGCUGUGAUUUCACACUCCAAUCAACUCAAGAAAGGCAAGAUAAGGGAUCCCUUUUUUUCCAUGUUUACGGCCUUGGUUUCUUUAUAGACAUGGAGGAUUUUUCAACCAGUUCCACCAGCUGGUUAUUAUUUUGACUUGUUUAUGUUUUAAAAGAACAUCCAAAUCCGGUGAUCCACAGACCAGCGAGCACCAGCUGCAAAGUCUUUGGGAAGGUUUGGAAGUGGCUGCGAUCAGUUGUCGUUAAGCUGGGAAUUUGAAAUAUUUGCCAUUUGUGAUGUGUCAAUAGUUUGAUGUUUCAUCGUGGACAUAACCACUAACUGUCUUGGUCCCUUUUACUUGAACCGGGGGCUCGUGUUUGAGUGAGACGGACAGUCUGCUCAAGUAAGUCACUGAAGACUUUCUGUCUCAUGCAGAACACCAGUGGUGCAGUUUCAAAUAUGACGAUGUGUUUCAUAAUUCUAAAUGCCAGUCUGCAUUCUGUCCACGACUGAUCAUGUGCUUCAGUCAGAGUUCGCUUCAGUCGGCAGGCGGAUUCUGCUCAGGGCACAUAGCUUCUCCGUAACUCUUAAGUUUAUGGGAUGACAUGAAGUUCCUCAUUAUUUCAUUGCCAUAACUUCUUAUGAAAUGGGGAGAAAUGGCCUGUAGAGCUUGGUGCGAUUGUUCGUCUUCGUUUUUGAGAGCGGUUUGAACCGUGAGCAGUACUUUGCUGUAAUACAGUGCUGGAGGUCUUCCGAUGGAACUUUUUAAAAUCUAGGCGCCCCUCAACGACUCCUAAAGGCAUAAUCAUUUCUUCCAUUCAUGUACUACUGUUUAAGUCACUUGUCUCUCUUUUAGUGUAGCACAAAAACAUGAAGGGCCCUUCCAAGGGCCAGUGUAGGGUUUUUCUGUUGGGCUACUGUAAAAACAAUUAUCACCCCAAAUGAACUACACUGCUCCUUUUUAAAUGUUGCUGAAUUUACUGCAAUGAAUUCACAACCUCAACAUCCAUCCCAAAAUCAACUUUAUGCCAGAAACGUCUACAUUAUGUAUCUCCCCAUCCAGGACUGAGUAAUCCGUAGUGUCCUAGUCUUCUGGGCUCGGUCCUCUGCUGCAACAAGAGCUUAAUGGAUCCAGUUGGGAUUAGACAUAAUUUCUACCUACUCUCAUAGUAUGUCAAAUUUGUCCUGGUGUUUAAGGAGGAAGGAACUGACAGGUACAAUAAGAUGAUGGAAGGUCAUUAGCUUGACUGUAAUAUUGAACAACCUUUUCCCCCCGAGAUAUUACACACAUGCUUGACUGCUCCUCUGGAAGUAAAAAAGCUAGAAAUGUGAAUUCACCCAAAUCAGACUGAACAGCUCUAGUUAUUAAUGUGCAGUCACAGAUUCUGCCAGAAAUGUGAAUGGCCUCUCCUCUGCCAUUUGUUUUCAUACCAUGAAUAUUUCAUUUUUGCUGUAGCUGUUACAAAGUGUACUUUUAAGAGAUCAGUGUCGCUGUAUAGUGAGCAUCUCUAACUUGUGCACUGCUGACACCUUCUAAGCGCUUCCUCCGAACCAUAGAAACUCAUUGGCUAACCUUAUUUCUGUCACACUGUGGUGAAAUGUUAGCUGUCAGCUAACGGCAGCUAACAUGCAUGCAUUCGUUUUGAUAAGGAAUGCCUACCCAACAAAGUCUUUGUCAUUUGACCCCGAAAUACUGGGCUUCCAAGUAGUUAAUUUGUUUAAAAGGCCUUUAUGUCCUCAAACAGCUGGGCAUUACAUUAUUGUAACGUGCCGCUAGCUGCCAGCUAACAAGCUAGCUCGUCGCCAGCAGUUAACAGUUAAAUAUGGAUUAUUAUUAUGGAUUUUCUGCCAUCAGAACAACCGUGUGAGGGAAAAAAAAAGACACAUUUAAAAACGUCAAUUUGAAAUUUGGUCUCCGUGGUCUUUUGCUUGCAGCCAAUGGCUCCGUUGCAUUUUUUUGGAAGCAAACACAAACGAGUAGGAAAGGAUUUGAGUGUCACGGGAUGCAAUGGUCCCCACUGCUCUGGGAGGAGAAUUUCAGGGCAAAUCUAUCUCAACCGUGACAUUCUGUGGUCACAGCUACUUCUAUGUGCAUCAACAGGAUAUUUUCACAUUGUGUAAAUGGAAACCAAACAGGAAGCAGAGGUCUUUGUAGAAUAUGGGGCCAUCUUCAUGUGAAAGUGGAAGAACAGGAUUUUUUAAAUAAUGUUUUGUCAUUGAGAACUAGCGCUCAAUGUCAAUUGGACACCAAAACAAUACUCGAGACAAGUGACUGACAAAGCUACAUUUUAAAUGUAGGUACAAAUGUACAUUUUUCUAAACUUGGUCAAAUUCAUUUUAGAAUUCUUAAAAAAAAAAAAAAGAAGAAGUAAGCAACAGUAUUACAAAUCUGACCAGGUAUUUGAAGCCUGCUCACGGUACAAUUUUUCCACACUUGCACAUUUCAGCUGGUACCAGUUUGUAUUGAUACUGGACAGCCAGCCCAGAACCACCUGUGACCCUCCACCUGUUUCUGACCUCAGCCUGUCAGCAGCGUACUGCUUACACAAUGCCGUCAUUCAUAUUGUUGUCUGAUACUUUUAUUGUGCAAUAGAUGUUUAUUUUUUUUAUUGUUGUUUUUGUGUAUCCUGUGAAACCCGUCGUUUUCUUUUUUUGAUACGUAGUGUGUUUUUAAUAUGAUUAUUUAUGCACCAUCCAACGGCCACUCCGCUGCCCUCACCUUGUGGGGGAAGUUUCUGCUUUGAUUGCAAUCUACAAGCCUUUCAGUUCAAAAUACUCUCGCUGUUUUGGGGAAUGAAAAUGGUAACGCAAUGUACCGUACUCAGUAUAUUUAAAUUAUCAGCAAUGUUGGCAGUUAAAAGUAUUAAUAGAAUGACGGCUAAAGAAAUGUAAAAUGUACAACUUAAUUAUCCUCAAUCUUAAGAGAAAAAUAAAAUUAUUGUUAACAGUGGAUAUUUUGUAUGGGUUGAAAAUGUGAAAACGGAUGCUGAGUAAAUGUUAAGCAGCAUAUACACAUUUUGAGAUGACCUGUUUUAUUCUCCAUUCACUUUAUUUUGGUGGAAUAUUAUAUAAUAUUUUUUCCUGCCUUCGACUGCCCUUCCUCCCAUGUAGGCAAACUACUCUGAGCGGUCUUUAUCGAGAUGCAUACGAUGUGUAUACAGUCUGUGUAGUAUCAUGUCCGUUAUAUUUGUCCUAUAAAAGAUAGAAGAAGAAAAAGUAAACUUGAUGAGAAACCUUUUAGGAGAGUUGCUUAGAGUUACUAAUGGCCGUGGAAAGAACAGCCGCUGGUCUGCUUUGAACUGCGGUCCUCUCUACAUGCUCUGUGCUGUUUACUAGAAUAAAACAUUUCAGUUGAAUGAGAA